AUGAGUGACGAACCAACAUCAGCAGCAUUAUUGGAGCAGUUAGUGUAUAUUGAUAAUUAUAUCAAUGGAAAUGCUUCAACUGCAACCGACAGUUCGACAGCCACGCCUAAUCUUGACAUGGAUGGACAACUAAGUUUAGAUUUAGCUGCAUUUGCGGAUGAUUCGUUUAUUUUUCCCGAUGAAGACAAGAAACACAACAACGACAACAGCAACAGUGAUAGUAAUUGGAAUAUCCAAGAAUUUGACAACCAGGAAAUUGGCAGUAGCCAUAGCCAUAGCCAUAGCCAAAGUCAUAACCAUCAUCACCACCACCAUAACCAUGUUGAAGAUCUUAACAAUAAUAACAUAUUAAGACAACAAGAAUUCCAAUCUCAUUUACCAUCACUAACACACCAGCCACACCAUCUAUCGACUUCCCUUCUUGCUUCACAAUCUCAUGCACAUUUGACGACACAAGAACCGGCUACAAUCGAUUUAAUGAAUCCAUCCUCCUUUGUGAAUUUGACUGAUUUACCCAAAUUCCCAGUUCCACCAGGGGCAAAAUCAUCAUUAUUUGAUGCAGGAUUAUCACAAAAUCAAAUUGAUUUAUUGAGUGCUUUGGUGGCUCAACACCAAGCCAGUUUAGGUAACCCAAUACCUUCUGUACAAUCACCAAAUGCAACAGCUACAACCACAACCACACCAUUAUCAGUUUCACCAGCUGAAUUACCCCUUCGAAUCAAUAACAGUAUAACAACCGUUGCCCCCAUCACUACAACAAAUGUUAAUGUUAAUGCUAACGGCCAUUUACAUCGAUCACUGGUAUCACUGCAACUGAGCAAUACCACAAUGGCAUUAUUAGAUCCUAUUCCAUCGUCUUCUAGUGUAUCACCAUCAUCGGUAACUGGUGGGAAUACUCAAGGAUUUGCUGCUGAAUUAGAUAAAAAACGAAGAAAUACUGCUGCUAGUGCUAGAUUUAGAUUCAAAAAGAAACUUAGAGAAAAACAAAUGGAAACUAAAAUCAAUAAUUUAGAAGAUUUAAUUGUGAAUUUAGAAAAUCAAUUGAAUAAUUUAGAAAUGGAAAAUAAAUUAUUAAGAAAUUUAAUAAUUGAAAAGGGAACACAAAAAUCUGAUGAUGAAGUUAAAUUAUUACGUGAAAAGGCUAGAUUAAAUCAAUAA